ACUUGUAUCUCACAAAAAGCAAACCAAGAGCCAAAUAUCACACUGUACUUGGAUGGAAUUGCUCUUCAGGAUGGGGAAAAUGGUAUUAUUAUCACAUCUGAAGUCUCCGUUGACUCAAGUGGGCUGUAUGAAGUGAAGAAAAGAUUGUCCAUAGAGAUAACAACAGGCCAGUGGAAACUCAUGUGGUGUGAUGCAGUGUUCUUGCAACCUGGAAAUAAUAUCACAGUUAUGCGAUCUAAAAAGAUACAUCUGAAUUAUUAUCUAUCCACAGCAUUUACAAAGCUGAACACGUUCAAUUCUCAGCCCACAACAGUUCAGAAAGGCACUGAGUCUCAAUCAAGUACAGAAUUAACUACAAGUACUGGGCUACCAUUAGCUACUGGUUCAUCCACUCUGACAGCAGAGUCGACAAGCGCCAUAUCAUUCACCAGUGCUGGAUUGAAUGCCACCUCUCAUGUGUCUCAGUCUUCCACUACCUAUGGAUCUUCUGCCAAUAUUGCAUCAUCAAACAUUCCUGAAACAUCUUAUACCGAUGAACUUGUGACCACGGAGGGGCAGACCAACACUCUUCGGCCAUUUAUUAGCUUUGGAUCAUCACAAGUCUCUGUGAGAAGUACUGAAAUGCCAAUGAAUGUAACCACGUUGGACACAACGAUGAGCUGGAACAGGCCAACUACUACUGAAAUAACCAGAGAUGAUAAAGAUGCUGAAGAUUCUGUUUCAUUAGCAGCCGUUAUAUCUGUGAUCAUAAUCUUGGCGAUCUGUACUGCGGUAUUAUCGUACCUCAUCAGGUGCUGGCAGGUCAGGAAGAAACUAAAUAUACCACCGCCAUUCAAACCACCUCCUCCACCAAUCAAAUACACAGCAAUUCAGGUGGCAUCACAGAAUGAAGUCAACUGCUGAAGAGAUGUGAAGUUGCACAAAUAGAGGAAGUACUUCAGAAGGAGAUUAUUUAGCCUAUCAAAUCUAUGCUGUCCAAAUCGUCUCAGGAUAUUUCCCAGCUCUUUCUCCACUGCUAAUUGUUGUAUAUCAUGCCUAUACACUUAUCUUUGGAAUGUCCUUAAUAAUGCUAUUUACACUGGCCUUGCAGGUGAUGAAUUCCAGAUCAAAACUACUGUCUGGAUAUAAGAAGUUUUCCUUUUACACCAAAUUUUAUACCCCCACCAAUGAUCUGCAAAUGGGAGUACACUAUAUAACCCAAUCAUGAUCUUGUACACCUGGAGCAAAUUUCUUUUUAACCUUGCUCCAAGCAGAACAACCCAUCUUCUCAAUUCUAACCCUGCAAAUCAUUUAUUCCUGCAACCAUUCUUGUGAAUUUCUGUUGCACCUUCUCCAGUACCUUCACCUUCAACUUAAAUGGAGGUGAUCAGGAAUGACCGCAAUAUUCCAGUUAUCACGUAACCAAUAUUUCAUACGGUUCAUACAUAAUUCCACAGUGAUUAAAAUUGCAGAUGUUGCAUUCUGAAAAGCCUUAAACCUGAAAUGUUAACUCUGCUAUUGUUACAUAUAUUGCCUGAUCUGCUGAAUGUUUUCAGCAUUUUUGUUUUCAAUGCAACUUUUGAAAGCUACGGUAAAAAUGUUCAGAAUCACCGAGGGUGGCCUUACAGUGCAGGAGACCUGGGUUCGAUCCUGACUACGGGAGCUGUUUGUACAUUCUCUCUGUGACCAUGUUGGUCUUCU